AUGGAGACCAUCAAGUCGCUCCUGUGGAAGCCCACGCCCGAAGAGCAAAAACGGAAAUGCAACGCCCUCGUCCGCCAGAACGUGCGCAAGCUCGACCGCGACAUCAUGCAGCUGAAGCAGGCUGAGCAGAAGACCAAGAGCUACAUCGUCCAGGCCUCGAAGCGCGCCCAGCGCAACCCGGCCAUGGCCAAGCAGGCCGCCCAGGACACGCGCGUCUUCGCGAAGGAGCUGAUCCGCGUGCGCAAGCAGAGCUCGCGCCUGCACACGAGCAAGGCCCAGCUGCAGAGCGUGCAGAUGCAGGUCAACGAGGCCUUCUCGGUGCGCAAGAUCGAGGGCAGCAUCCGCGCCUCGACCGGCAUCAUGAAGGACGUCAACACCCUUGUGCGCCUGCCCGAGCUGACCGGCACCAUGCGCGAGCUCAGCCAGGAGCUCGUCAAGGCCGGCAUCAUCGAGGAGAUGGUCGGCGACUCGAUGCCUGACACGGAGCUGCUGGAGGGCGAGGACGACGAGGCCGAGUCGGAGGUUGACAAGGUGCUCAGCGAGGUCCUCAAGGACAAGAUAUCCCAGGCCCAGGAGCCCCAGCAGGACCUCCAACUGCCCAGCCAGCCCGUCGCUGCAGACGAGGAGGAGGAAGAUCCGGAGGAGAUGCUCAGCGCUAUGCGGGGCAGACUCGAGGCCCUCAAGAGCUAA